AUGAAUGAUGACUCUCUACUGUCCGUUACCCCGCCGAGUGCGAAGCGUCAAAAGAAGGCCUCUGGGCCAAAGAAAUCAAAUGGAAAAGUGCUGGCCGAGAUUGACAAUGAUAGUUAUGACAUGGACAAGGAAGAAGCACCUAAAGCCACUGGAGGAUCGACUGAGAAAUAUCAGAAGGUAAGCUAGAUCACAGUUAGCAGUUUUGCCUGUGUACUAACAAAUACCUCCAGCUUACGCAGCUGGAGCACAUCAUCAAACGUCCUGAUACCUACAUCGGCUCUGUCGAACCUACGAAAGCUACAAUGUGGGUGUACAGCUCUACUACACAGGCUAUGGAGUCCCGCGAGAUUACAUAUACCCCCGGCUUGUACAAAAUCUUCGACGAGAUUCUGGUCAAUGCUGCAGACAACAAGCAGCGUGACCCAAGCAUGGACACAAUAAAGGUCACCAUAGAUCGCGAGCAAGGAGAAAUAAGUGUACAGAACAACGGAAAGGGUAUACCUGUUGAGAUUCACGGUAAAGAGGGCAUGUACAUCCCUGAGAUGAUAUUCGGUCAUCUUUUGACAUCCUCCAACUAUGAUGACGACCAACAAAAGGUCACUGGUGGUAGAAAUGGAUACGGUGCAAAACUUUGCAACGUUUUCAGUACACAAUUCACACUAGAAACGAAUGAUUCCACGAACGGGAAACGAUACAAGCAGACAUGGACCAACAAUAUGAGCAAAAUGGGCAAGGCCAGCAUCACUACAGCCAAGGGCUCUGAUUUCACAAAAGUUACGUUCAAGGCAGACUUUAAGAGAUUUAAUAUGGAAGCCAUGGACGAUGACUUCGAGGCUCUUGCAAAGCGUAGAGUUUACGAUCUCGCAGGUACAUGUAACGGUGUCAGAGUCUGGCUGAAUGGUGAGAGAAUCGCUGUGAAUAGCUUUAAGAAGUAUAUGCAAAUGUACACCAAGGCCAUCCGUUCGGAACAGGCCCGUGAAGAGGGCGAGGAAGAGGCCAAGAAGAUGGACGUCAUCCUGACCGACGAGCACGAUCGAUGGCAGAUAGGCUUCGCUGUGUCCGAUGGGUCUUUCCAACAGGUUUCCUUCGUCAAUUCCAUCGCGACAACUACCGGCGGAACACACGUCAAUUAUAUUGCAGACCAGGUUGUCGACAAGCUGAUGGACAUUGUCAAGAAGAAGAACAAGGGUGGUGUGCAACUUAAAAACAACCAUAUCAAAAACCACAUCUUCCUCUUCGUCAACUGUCUCAUCGUAAAUCCCGCCUUCACGUCUCAGACCAAGGAGCAGUUGACUACGAAAGUUAGCCAAUUCGGUAGCAAAGUCACAGUCAGCGAAAAGUUCCUCAAGGAGAUCGCGAAGACCGACGCUGUCAAGAACAUUAUGCAUUUCGCACAGCAGAAGGCAGAUCAGGUCUUGAAGAAGUCCGACGGCGGGAAAAGACAGCGCAUGAACAAUGCCAAGCUGACUGAUGCCAACAAAGCCGGUACCAAGGAUGGUUAUAGAUGCACACUCAUCUUGACAGAAGGUGACUCUGCCAUGGCGCUUGCGCUUGCUGGACGUGCUGUCGUCAAUCCUGAUCUUUUCGGUGUGUUUCCACUUCGUGGUAAACUGCUGAAUGUUCGGGAUGCUUCCAUUGAUCAGAUCUCCAAAAAUACGGAAAUCCAGAACAUUAAGAAGUUCAUUGGACUUCAACAUAAAAAGGAUUACACGGAUACGAAGGGUCUUCGAUACGGUCAUAUAAUGAUUAUGACCGAUCAGGAUCAUGAUGGGAGCCAUAUCAAAGGCUUGCUAAUCAACUUCUUGCAAGUUCAAUUCCCGAGCUUACUCAAGAUUGAUGGUUUCUUGAUGCAGUUCCUGACGCCCAUCGUCAAGACCUGGAAAGGUGACAUCAAGAAACCUACAAAGUCUGUCUCUUUCUUUACCAUGCCAGAGUACGAAGAGUGGAAAGAGCAGCCCGGGCAUCAGAAGGGCUGGGAUCACAAGUACUUCAAGGGAUUGGGUACCAGUCGGCCUGAAGACGCUCAAGUCUACUUCCGUGAUCUCGAUAAGCAUCUGAAGGAGUUUCAUACUAUGCGUGACACUGAGGUACCCCUGAUUGAAUUGGCAUUCUCGAAAAAGAAAGCCGACGCUCGUAAGGAAUGGCUGCGAGACUUCGUUCCAGGCACGUACAUCGAUCUAACCACGCCAAAGAUCUCGUACGAUGACUUUGUCAACAAGGAGCUGAUCCUGUUUUCCAUGGCCGACAAUCUCCGCUCGUUGCCUUCACUGGUGGAUGGCUUCAAGCCAGGCCAGCGGAAGAUCAUUUACACCUGCUUCAAGCGUAAUCUGAAAAAGGACACCAAAGUCGUGGAUCUGGCGGGUUCCGUGACCGGUCUGACCGACUACGCAUAUGGCGAUGCGUCCAUGCAGCAGACCAUCACUGCACUGGCGCAGAACUUCGUCGGGUCAAACAACAUCAACAUCCUGGAGCCAAGCGGUAAUUUCGGGAGUCGUCUUCAGGGCGGUGCAGAUGCUGCCAGCGCUCGUUACAUCUAUACUAGACUUUCACCUUUUGCCAGGAAGAUCUUCAACCCCGCCGACGAGGCGCUGCUGAAGUAUCAGGUGAGCGAUGGCAAUACGAUAGAGCCGGACUGGUAUGUACCGAUUCUGCCCAUGGUUCUGGUCAACGGAGCGGAUGGUAUUGGCACUGGUUGGAGCACGAACAUACCCAACUACAAGCCCGAGGACAUUAUCGACAACCUCAAGCGACGCAUGGAAGGAAGUAAAGAGGACAUGGUGCCUAUGACGCCUUGGUUCCGAGGGUUCACAGGAGCGGUCGAAGCUCUCGAAGAACACAAAUUCAAGUUUACUGGUACCGUGCGACAGAUCAGCGACACCGAGAUUGAGAUUACAGAAUUGCCAAUCCGGAUGUGGACUCAGGUUUUCAAGGAGAAUCUCGAAGAUAUACUUCGCGCCGAGAAGGUCCCUUCCUUCAUCAAGGAUUACACCGAGUACAAUACCCACGAGAAGGUCCAUUUCAUCAUCAAGAUGGACGAUAAACACAUGGCAGCGGCCUUGGCAAAGGGUCUGGAGGACACGUUCAAGCUCGUCAAGACCAUGACUACUACCAAUCUGGUUGCCUUUGACCAUCAGGGAAGGAUACAGAAGUAUGCCACUACGCUUGAUAUGAUGGAAGAAUUCUAUCAGGUCCGAUUCAAGUUCUAUCAGAUGCGCAAGGUAUGUCGUUUUUCUUUACAUGCUUGAUGGUGAACAUGCUAAUGGGGACUCUAGGAACAUUUGCUUAGUGAGAUGCAAAAGGACCUUGACAAGCUGAGCAAUCAGUCUCGAUUCAUCAAGAUGAUUAUCGACGGUACUCUUGUUGUCUCCAAGAAGAAGAAGUCUAUUCUCGUCGAAGAGUUGACCCGGUCGAAGU